UUCGUUUUACAGCAGAUUGCAAAGAUGUGUGUCCUUACGGAUUUAUCGAUCGUAUCGUAUCAAUUGGGCAAAUGACGAGAACGAUUUCACCUCAAAUCAAGAUUCUCUGACGUAUCCAUUUAUAAGUGAAAAAGUCAUUUUGUACGUUUUCAUCGAGGAAGCUUUGCGAGAGGACAAGCAUAUAUGAUAGAAUGUUAUUCGACGAGACGUUGCGAGUCACUCUAAGUUUUAAUACGAUCAAGUUUGAUCAUGUCGAACGAACAAACAAUAUAAUGAGCGAAUAUGAUAUUGACGCAUUCGCGAAUAUUCUAAAAACUCUUCUAAAGACGCUCGAAUAAACAAAUUGUUGAUGGAAGACUUGUACUCCGGCAAGGCGUAUCCUUAAGACGUAAUAACAGGAAGCAGUCGUACAUGCGUUUGAAAACAAUCCCGUUUAAAGGAGGAAUCACGAAAUUAUUCAAAAACAAAGAAAUUCUAUUUGAAUAUUCAGAUAUUCGAAUAGUUCUCUUUCUUACAAAACGAAAGACGUUUCAAGGAGAGAAGACAUACUCGUUGUUUGAAUUGUUAAGAACGGUGAAAGAGGAGGAGAAAGCACAUGAUCCUUCUAGCAAGAAACUUUGUAUAAAAUAGUUUUCACUUAGAACUUGAUAUGCUAACCAACUCAGCGGAGUAACUAAGGAAUAAGACCAUGGGACGUAAAUCGGUUUAUCGAGAAAAAUUAAUUUCGAUCAAAGAGAAGCGAUUUAAGCCUUCGAUUUUAUUUUUUUCCAGUCUUUAAAUUUAAAAAUUAAUACUCUUUUAGUGAUUCGACGAAUCCGAUUUUUGACUCUUUCAAUCGAGAAAAGACAUAAAUUUACGUAAAGAAAGAUAAAGAAAUAUUUCUUUUCGACAAGUUGGAACGAGAAGAUAUAAUAACGAAGAAGAGAAAGCAGUCAUAACUGUCGAAGAUGUAGUUGCUUACUAGAUGUAGUUGAAAUGGACAAAUAGGCGAAUAAUGGAUGGCCUCGAUACAAGAGGCAGCACCUUGGAGCUCUGCGACAUUCGGUACAAAAAUUUUACGCCACCGCAUGGAGAGCUAUGGUGCAAUUCUGUCUGGGACUCGUUGCUUUGUUGGCCGCCGACGAAAGCUUUCAGUACGGUCAAGCAAAGAUGCCCUUUCGAGGAUGGUUUCGACACGACGAAAUUCGUGGAAAAGAAGUGUGGUUACAACGGACGAUGGGAAGGACAAAACAGAAGUUCGACCGGCGAAGAGUCGACUCACGGAUGGGCAAAUUAUACGACCUGCAUGACGCCGGAAAUACUUCAUUUCCAUGAGAAAGUUUACACAAACACGCAGGAAGGAGAGAUGAAAAUGGACAUAGCCGAAAAAACGCGCACUCUCGAAUUCGUCGGAUUGAGCAUAUCGUUGGUGGCUUUGCUCGUCUCUUUGGCAAUUUUUUGUCGAUUCAGGUCACUGAGGAAUACCAGGACAAGGAUACAUAAGAACCUUUUCGUUGCCAUGGUCAUUCAAGUUCUAAUAAGAUUGAUCUUGUACAUAGACAUCGAACUUUUGAGAAAGAAAACACACGGCACGCAACGUGGCAUAGGAAAUACGCCGUUUCUCUGCGAGGCCAAUUACGUUUUGUUGGAGUACGCUAAGACCGCCAUGUUUACGUGGAUGUUCAUCGAGGGUCUCUUCCUUCACAACAUGGUUACCGUGACCGUCUUUCAAGAGACGUCUUAUUACCGUAUGUACCGAUUUGUGGGCUGGGGAUGUCCCGUCGUGAUAACGUUAAUCUGGGCCAUCGUCACAGCGCUUUACUACCAUCCCAAAUCGAAAUUUUUGAGAUGUUGGUCGGGAUACAAUUUGUCUUCCUACUUUUGGAUUAUCGAAGGUCCGAGAUAUGUCUUAAUACUGCUGAAUUUUUUGUUCCUGCUCAACAUCAUACGCGUGUUGGUGAUGAAGCUACGGCAAAGUCACACCAGCGAGAUUGAAAAAGUUUUAAAAGCUGUGAGAGCGGCUGUAGUUUUAUUACCCUUGUUGGGUAUCACCAACAUCUUAUUCAUGAUCGAAGCUCCGUUGGACAACGUUAAGAAAUUUGCCUUGUGGUCGUAUUCGACGCAUUUUCUUACAUCUUUCCAGGGUCUCUUUAUUGCGACCCUUUAUUGCUUUCUCAAUGGCGAGGUGAGACUAGCUCUGGACAAGACCAUCUCCGUCUAUCUAUUCUUAAGAGGAACGGAUCUUCAAGCGAGAAGACAGUCGACUUACAGCGGUUGUCAGCCUUAUCGAAUAACCUCGGAACGACGCUCUGAGUAUGGCAGUUCUUGCGAGUCUUCAACAUCUAGAAACAAGGUUCGCGUUAGAACAUCCCCUCGAGUUAUUGAACAUCCAGCGAUGCCUUUGAACUUGACAACGACAACGACGACGAUGACGACUACGACGACUACGACGACGACGACGACGACGACGAGGACGACGAGGACGACCACGACGACCACAACGACGACCACAACGACGACGACGACGACGACGAAGACGAAGACGGAUAACGAGCAACUCAUUGACGAAGCCAAUGAUUACACGAUCACUGUCUAAACAACAAUCGUCUAAAGUAAUCUCGCAACUAUUUCCUCUAUAUCCUUUAUUGUCAUCAUCGAGUAUGGUGAAAUAUUAUUCGAGCCAAACUCGAUGAGAUUAAAAUGAAUCGCUUGGAAAAAAUAAUGUUCAACGAUGGCUUCACGCAAGUUGAGCAAUCUAUGAAGCUAUCUAAGUUGUAUUAACUAAAAGUUUCUAACUCGAUCUCGAAAAGUGUGAGAAAACACGAUGAGUGAUUAUGAUCGAUUCGCAGAUUUGGACAAAUAGAGAAUUCGUAAAGUUCGAACAACGUCGAACGACGAUGAACGGGUGUUAUCCCACGCAUGUAUACAUACCUAUAUAUAUCAGAUUAAUUCUAAAUUCAAGAGGAGAUUGAUUUCUUUUUCUUGUUUUUCUUUCUUUUCUUUUUUUUAAUGAGUCUACGGACGUAGUGCGUCGCACAAUAUCGUCGUUCGGGAGAUUGUUAUCCUAAAGAAUAAUGAAAAGUCCUUUCUAAGCGUGUAUAUCCUAUAACUUAUAUGUGUACCCACGUAGAAAUAAGAAAUAUUAGUACUCUCAAGUGUAAGCUAUAAAAUUUACGAUAUGACAUUUUAUAGACAUAUAAGAUAAGGAAGGACUUGAUUGACGUGCUUGAUAAAAAAGAAAAAUAAUAAAAAUCACAUAUUAAAUGUUGCUGUUGUAGAGCUUUUUCGAAACACGUAAUUAGGGCAUCUUGCCAAUUCGAUUAACAUUGGGUAAAUAAUAAAAAAAAAAAAAAAUUACACGGGAAAGGGCUAAUCUCUUGAUAUUGAUUGAACGGAUGAAGAGAUAAAAAUAGAAAACUUUGACUAAUUUCGAUAAUUGACCGAUAACCGACAGCUGAAGAUAAAACGUGAGAGCAGAUAGAAACUAAGAGGAGUGGCUAUUGUGUAUUAUUAUCGUCGUUUUCGAUUUGCAAACUACGAGAAAGUUGCAUGACAAAAGUGUCCUUAUAUCGUUUAGAAAAAUCGUAAGUUACGAUUGCUCGCGAGGGAAUAUAGUUUAAAGAUUACAUUAUCCAUAUCCACGCAAAUCUUAGAAACGUCCUUUUAAUACACGAUAUAAAUAAAAAAUUUAUUGCUUUGCAUUGUACAUAGUAAUUAACAUAUUCGGUAAAGAAAUUCUGCGUCCAUACGCGAAUACAGUACAAUAUACUUGCCUCCUCUUCGUCUCCUCUCUCACCGCUGGUACGUACCUAGUUAUACAUUAUAGAAAUCGCCCAUGCAAUUAGAGAUUUUUGUCAAACUUUUUUUUGUCAAAGCCGAUGAUAAAUAUUAUUUGUUUCUCGAGUCUCUGUAAAAUCGAUACAUGUCGAUUGUUGUUAAUAAAAAUAUGAAAAAGCCGUGGAAGCAUAAAAGGCUUGGCUCUCAUUCCCUUUCU